UCGCUUGGUUCACUUUUCUUCUCACCUAUAACUUCUCUUCACGAUGGUGAAAAUAAUUUGAAAUUUGUUUCUGGUAAUUUUUCAGAUCAACCAAAUAAAUGUUAUUCAUCGGGAACUUGUGAUUUCUUAAGACAAACAACUCCUAUAAUGUCAAGUGAUAUUACAAAUCAUUUAUUGUCACUUCCAGCAUCACCGACAAAUAUGAACACCUCCUCUUCGUCAACAUCAUCUUCAUCGCUGUGUGAACCUACCUCUAAAGAAUUAGAUGGCGGAAUGGAGGGUAUAUCAUGUCAACCCGAAGCAGGUUUAAUGUUUCCCGCUCAGCCGAUGCCACAGAAGACUAAAUUAUGCUCAACUUCAAUACCAAAUGUCCAUCAUCAACAGGAACAAUAUCAACGAAACAACUUUUUAAAUAAUUAUUCAAUUCCGCCGAAAUCAGAUAAACUUUCACCAGGAGUACACAGUAAUCAUCCAUUCAAGCAGCAGCAGCAGCAUCAAACGAAACAACAAUCGACCAUAGGAAUUAACUCAUCUCUACACAGUACUGCAGUAUGCAAUCAAUGUGGUAAAAGCUUUGCGAAUAUUUAUCGUCUACACAGACACUUAUUAAGUCAUACAGAAAGUUAUGAGUUACGUAAAUUUCGCUGUACGCAGUGUACAAAAGCUUUUAAAUUUAAACAUCACUUAAAAGAACAUGAACGGAUACACAGUGGGGAAAAACCAUUUAUGUGUUCUCAUUGUGGUAAACGUUUCAGUCAUUCUGGAUCGUAUUCAAGUCAUAUGUCAAGUAAGAAAUGCAAUAAUAAUAAUAAUAAUAAUAACAAUCAUACUGCUAUUAAUAAUAACAGUACUACUAACACAGUUACUAACAAUACUAAUAUUAUUAACAAUAGAGUUAUCUCCCAAAGUACAACACAGUUAACAACACCAAUGAAUAACGAUGCAUUAUCAGCACAGAUGUCUUCAAACAUCGCAAAUCGAUUUACACCGUCUACUGGAAUUCUAGGGAAUGAAUUAGAUUUGCAGAAUAUAAACCCUGAAGCUGCUAACAACAGUCUUGUCAGAGAAGACACAGAAUUGAGCUCUGUGUCAAGUAUAUUGGAUUCAGUUAGUCAACUGAAUAAUUCUGACUACUUUAUAAAGCUUGAAAAUAUUAAACUUGAUAACUAUUUCACUGACGACUUAUCCACUCGAUUGAACGGAAAUAUAAACAAUUGUGAAAGUAACACGAUUAGCAAUAUCAAUUCUACUGUUGAUACUACAAACAAUAAUAAUAAUAAUGAUGGUAAUAAUAAUGAUAUAUAUUCAUUUGAAGAGCAGGAACAAAAUGACUUACGGGAUAAUUUCAGUAUGAAUAAAUUACCUAAAUCUAUGCUGGAAUCGUACGGUUUUUCAGGCACACUUGGAUUAAAACCAGAAAGUGUUGAACAGUGGAUUCGUAAUAUGUACCCUAAUGAACAGCAUAACUCUCAGUCAGAUCACCAGCCGAAGAGCUUCCCUGAUCCAUUCACAUUUUCAUCUGAUUCUACACAUCCAGUAAUUAAUUUAGUUCCACCUCUGCCGAUCCCACUGUUAACGAGCAAUGACUUAAUCAGUUCUCAGGUGAAUUAUUAUACUGAGAAUCUAAAAACAGAAGAGAAAAACUGUGCAGUACAAGGAUUGAAUCAUAAAGCAGAUUCUAAUUUAUUGGACCCUUCAUCUUCAGUUACUUCUUCACCAACGUCUUCAUGCCUAUCCUUAUCUUCGUUAUUAUCAACACCACCUUCAAUUUCUUGUCCCAGUGUUUUUUGUCCACUAACAUACACGAUGACCACAAGCACGACAUUGUCACUGUCAUGUGCAAGUCCAUCUAAUACACUUCAAUACAAUUCUUCUGUGAUAUUUUCUCAAUUACCGGCAGAUUUUUUGAUGAGACAAAUUUUUCCCAAUUUCAAUACAAAUGAUAUGUCAUCACAAUGUCCAAAUUCAUUGACAGUCUCUCCUUUUACACAACAAAAAAUCGACUCUCUACUUCCAGAUUCAACGAAAACAUCUCCACUCACAGUGACGACACAGUCACCACUAAUAGCACAUAAACAAGAAGAAUUCAGAGAUGAGGCGGAGAAUGCAGAGGACAGUGAAGAGAAAGCACUGGAUUUAUCUUUACCUCGGAUAUGCACACAGCCAUCUGAUGAACAAGGGUGUGACUUGAACCAGUCAAUUUUGCAUCUAUCUAAUGCUUACAACAUUCCAUCCAGCCAUUUAUGGUCGACAUCAUCAACAAUGACAAUUAUGGCAGCUGCUGCAGCGGCGGCCGCUGCGGUGUCCAUUCUUUCUAAAAACUCUAGUGAAGGGGGAAAUUGUUCUAAUCAGAAAUGUGAAUAUGCAUAUUCUAUGGAUAAUUUACUCCAACCAUCUGAACUGACAUCACCCAACAGACUAAGCAACAGUGUCUUUGAUAAAAACCUUAUGCGUAACACUACUACUACUAAUAAUAAUAAUAACAUCGGUCAUAAUGAGAAUGAUAAACGUCAUUAUUAUUUCCCUGAGGACUCUGACUGCUUUACAAAGGCGUUAUCCCUAGCUAGUACGAAAGCAUGUGCAAAGAUGGGCUUUACAAAGAGUACUGAAAUCGAACUGACGGAAAGUCUACCAAAAAAGUUUAAAGAACAAAAUGACGACAAAAUGGACAAUGACAAUGGAAUUGUUGAAUAUUCCAUGGAUGGCAAUGAUAACAAUAGUCAUUUGGAAGAUUUCAGUAUUACGGAGAGUUUAAGCAGACAAGAAUUAAGGCAACGUGGUUUUCAUGAAAGUGUCAACGAUGGCCUCUGCGGUGGCGGUGGUGAUGGUGGGAUGGAGGGUGAUAGCAGUGGUUGCAGUGAUGCUGCGAAUAACGGAACGAUUUAUUCCUGUGAUCAAUGUCAAAAAGUAUUUUCCAAGCAUAGUUCGCUAUCUAGACAUAAAUAUGAACAUACUGGAUCAAAUAAAAGUAACUUAAACAUGAUGACAGGGAAGUAAUAACAAACUCUCAAAGUCUUCGUCCAUUUUCCUGCCGCACUUGUCUAAAAGCGUUUAAACACAAACAUCAUUUGACAGAGCACAAGCGUUUGCAUACAGGUGAAAAGCCGUUCGAAUGCCAAAAAUGCGGUAAACGAUUUAGUCAUUCUGGAUCAUAUUCACAGCACAUAAAUCAUCGGUAUAAAUACUGUCGUUCAUAGAUGAAUAUCAAGCAUAACUCCUUUCUUUCUUUCUUGUUUUCCCCUGUAGUUCAGUUUCCACUGAAUGUUUCUGUUCUAGUCUUUCUCGGAAAUUCCGUUACUCUUGUCUCCUUGGUUUUUCUUUUUCUAUAAUUGAGUUUUUUUCAACUGUACCGUUACAAAAAAUUGUUGUUUCCGUCAAUUUUUCUUAAAAAAAUAGCUUCGAAGCAUAAUCUGUAGUAGUUACUUGGUUCAACGGUACCGCAAAACGUUUCAUUUAAUAACAAGGAAAUCUAACUCCAAGAGAACUUAUUCGGUGAUGUAAAUUGAGCCCGCCAUAGUCUUUUUUUUCCACAAACACAAAACCUCCUCAGUUUCAUCGUAAUCACCAACGAAGCGGUUCAUCUGCCCACGGUGUCCUGUUCUUCCCUUCGAAUAUUUUGGAGAGAGAAAUGUCUGUUUACAUUUCCCAUCUACUUUCUUUUGCAUCAUUUUUUCUUUUCUAGUUUCUGUCUCCAUCACCACACCUUUGAUAAAUUAGACGGGAAUAAAAACUAUAGAUGACGGAGAAUGUGAUAAUGCUCAAUUAUGAAUACAUAUAUUUUUCUACAAUUAUCCUACAGCAUCGUUCGCUUUCUGACGAAAUAACUCUCUAAUGCCCAAGUCUCCCUCCCAAUGACAACCUCUUUCUUCUUCUUCUUCACUAUUAGUCCGCGUAUAAAUUUACAACCUGAAUUCUGUUGUUACACAGAUGUUUUGGGUUUUGUUUUUGUUUUGAUAAAUUAGUACAGUUUUUGUAUUGAAAAGAAAAAAUUCCUGAAAUGAAUUAGAUUCAUAUGAUGUUAAUGAGAUACAUUCCCAACUUAACUAUUUCC